CAAUGCAAUGCUUGUGAUGCCUGGUGUUGUUUAUCUCUCCCAUUUGGGAAUUCAAUUAUAGAAACCCUAAGACCUAAUUGCUAAUCACCGAUCAAAAUGGUGAAGAAAAAGGUCCCCGAUUGGCUCAACAGCUCUCUUUGGUCAGCACCUACAUCUCCUCCCUCCUCCUCCGUCGUCUCAUCCCCAACCGAAGACCGCUCCGCCGUCAUGAGCCCAUCUGAACCGCCGCCGCGUCCUCCAUCUCCUCCCAUCAUCCAAGAUCCUCCAGAGACUCAGAGGAUCGAAGAUUCGCGAACCAAUGAUCACAGCGACGCCGUUUCUACCGCUGAUGACAUCUCUCGCCAGGCUCAAUUAUUGGCCGAGUUAUCGAGAAAGGUGAUAGAUAUGCGGGAGUUGCGGAGGCUCGCGUGUCAAGGUGUACCUGACGCUGCUGGGAUACGUUCUACUGUGUGGAAGCUUUUGCUUGGAUAUCUUCCACCAGAUCGCGGGCUUUGGUCAUCUGAAUUAACAAAGAAGAGGUCCCAGUACAAACAUUUCAAAGAGGAUAUUCUCAUGAAUCCUUCAGAAAUCACAAGAAGGAUGUACAACUCCACAAGUUGUGAUACUGAUGAUGCCAGAUGUGAGAGUAGGGCCUUGCUUUCUAGAUCAGAAAUCCCUCAUGGGGAGCAUCCUCUGAGUCUUGGGAAGACCAGCGUAUGGAAUCAGUUCUUCCAGGACACUGAAAUCAUAGAUCAGAUUGACCGAGAUGUAAAGCGCACACAUCCUGACAUGCACUUUUUCUCUGGUGAUUCUCAAUUUGCAAAAUCUAAUCAGGGGGCUUUAAAGAACAUAUUAAUUAUUUUUGCGAAGUUAAACCCAGGUGUAAGAUAUGUUCAAGGGAUGAAUGAGAUAUUGGCUCCUCUAUUUUAUGUGUUCAAAAAUGACCCUGAUGAGGAAAAUGCUGCCUUCGCCGAAGCAGAUGCAUUCUUUUGUUUUGUUGAGCUAUUGAGUGGGUUCCGUGAUAACUUUGUUCAACAACUUGACAAUAGUGUUGUGGGAAUCCGUUCAACUAUUACAAGAUUGUCCCAGCUUUUGAGAGAACAUGAUGAAGAGCUGUGGCGUCAUCUUGAGGUCACUUCUAAAGUUAAUCCCCAGUUCUAUGCAUUUAGGUGGAUUACUCUCCUUUUGACUCAGGAAUUCAAUUUUGCUGACAGUCUUCACAUUUGGGACACUCUUUUAGGUGAUCCAGAGGGUCCACAGGAGACUCUUCUCCGGGUAUGCUGUGCAAUGCUAAUCCUCAUUCGCAAGCGCCUCCUAGCGGGUGAUUUCACUUCUAAUCUCAAGUUGCUGCAAAAUUAUCCCACCACAAACAUUAGUCAUUUGCUCUACGUUGCCAAUAAGUUUCGUGUACAGUCUGUCUAAUGGUUCUCGUCCCUCUUUUUUUUUUGCAUUUUGCUUUCGCAUCUCUAAUUUAGUGUUUGAAGUUCAAUGCUUGUAGAUGACUCUAAAUGUCAGGCUCAGAGCAGCAACUAUUUAUUAUUUAUUUAUUUAACACUUAUUUUUAUACUUUUUUUUUUAGGGUUUUUUUCAA